AUGGGUUCUGACGCGAUCUUCGACUUAUGCCUGCCUGUUCUCGAGGACAACACUCUCGAAGAGGAAGAAAAGACGGAAAAGUUAGAGGAGCUUGUUCAGAAAGAGCUGUCACUAUCUGGCCAACCUCUGGAAGAUGCCGUACUUUCUAUCCUUUGGCGCUAUCGAGACUCAAAGGUUACCUCCGUUGCAUCUCCGCCUGUUCGCCACACGAUCAUUCGACGCAACUCGCCCGCGCCAUGGCAAAUCCCCCGCUCCUCCACCCCUGUAUCACCUGCUCUCAGCAGAGCGAGUCCCGCCCCUCCACCAGGCUUCGGUGCCGUACCCUCAGCGUUCAUGAGAACGAAGUCGUACGGCGGAAGCCCCUUUGGUUCUCCGCGCCCGUCGCCUCGGCUGGCCUUCGCCAGCCCAAUACCCCACAGUCCGAGCUUGAACUCUUAUGAAUUUAGUGAGCCACACGUCGAACGAAACGAAUAUGGAGACUACGGUAGUGAUACGGUGGACUGGCUGGUCAACGAUGACUCUACCAGUAGGCCAUCCUCUUCCGGUGCUGGCAGCGCCUCAGAAAGCGGGCUGAACGCUGCGGCUGCUUCAUGGAUCCAGCCUCAGCAGAAUGAGAUGUCUCCGUACGAUAUGCUACGUUCGGUGAUGGGCGAUGGAAAAUCGGACGAGGAGAUCGAGGGCGCUCUCGAAGCCAGUGGAUACGACCUGAGUGCAACGCUCAUGAAUCUGAUGGGGACUAAGGGAGGAUACCAGCAGGAGCAAAGCUACUUUUCGGAGAACGAUGGCCAAAUACUCAUUGGAAAAUCCAUGAUGCCGAGUGAGCCCAUAACGAUCGAUCAGACCGAGCAUGGCCGCAGCAACAUAGUCUGCAAAUAUUGGCUGUCCAAUGGAAAUUGUUUACGGGCAGACUGCCGAUUCAGUCAUGACCUUAGCAGCCACAUCUGCAAGUACUGGGUGAUGGGCAAUUGCCUCGCAGGAGAUUCCUGUAUCUUCUCCCAUGAUCCAGCACUUCUCAUGAAAUCCAUGAACCUCGGCGACGCCGCUAUUGGCACGCCUCCGUCGCAACUUCAUCCCAGCUUCCAAGUCCAAGACUAUGAUACGUUCCCUGCGCUUCAAGCCCCAGCAAUAAACCAGUGGACGCAAUCAUCUUCACCUAGUCAAAUUAACUCUUAUAAUUCUUCAGUUUCUCAAGGUUCGAAUAGUUAUAUGUCGACACCUCGACGUCACUUCGAGGCUAGAACUUCUUCAAUGAAUGGGACGUCAUCUUCCUAUGGCUCUCCCAAUUCGCGCCCAACCAGCCGUCACCGUUCUCGCGACCCUACGCCCUCUCCAGCAAUUCCAGCCGUGGACGAUACUGAAGCAUUUCCUUCGUUAGGCGCGGCUGGAAUCAAAGUAGUCAAGAAGCACCACGGCAAACGUGGUGGUCAUGGCCACGGCCAUAACAACAAAGAAAACACGCCCAACUCACUUGCUGAUGUCGUUCGAAUGUCUCCAUCGCCCGCUCCAGGGCUGCUUCGAAAAGGUCUUAUGAAGACGAAAAGUUACACUGGAAGCCGUGAGAACACUCUAGCUGCUAAUGCGAUACCAGCACCGCAGCAUGUGCCAUGGCUCGAGACAGGCGCCAAAGCGAAUCAAGAAUACCUCAAGGCGCGGCAGGACGCCUUUAAGCAUGGCGGUCUGCGCAACAAGUUUUUACAAAGCGCGGCUCAAGCUUGGAAUCGUAAUGAUGCCAGAGCUGCGAAGGCUUUGAGUCUUCGCGGCCAAUCUGAAAAUGACUUGAUGCGGAAAGCCCAUCGGGAGGCCGCCCGACUCCUCUAUGAAGAACGAAAUAGGGACAGCUCCUCAGCACAAGAAGUAUACGUCGACUUGCACGGUUUACAUCCGGAAGAAGCCGUGGAGUACCUUGAGCACGCCCUCAUUGAACAUCAGAAUUCCGGUCGCUCAGUCUACGCCAUCACUGGCACAGGGCAUCACAGCAAGAAUGGCAAAGACAAGGUAGGAAAGGCCAUUCGGAGUUGGUUGAGUGAGUGGAAGUACGCGUAUCGGGAAUUUAGCGUGGCUGGAGACAAUCUUGGAGGAAUUCUUGGGGUGGACCCACGAAGCUUUGACAAGAGCAUGUUGGACGAGAGGAAGGAAGGUACUGAAGGGGCCAAGGCGGAUAAAGGAUCAACAGGGAAGAUCCAGUUGGUGAAAGAGAUUCCCACGGGUCCUAAGAAAGCUGGGUAG